CAUCGAACCGAAGCUCGAGCGGAUCGUGGCACUCAGUCUGGCGAAAGUUCAGUUGGAUCAAAUAAACAGGGACGUUUAGAAUUAUAUAAGAUAAAAGUAUUGAUAGAAAAAACAUCGCCAAACUCGAUCAAGAAAUGGACGAAUUGGUAGAUAUUAUUCGUGAAUACGAGGCUGAAAAUGAGGCGUUUGAAAAUCUGUUCUACUUGUGUUGCUCCGAAGUUGACGAGAUACGAGACGAGAUCAAAGUUGUCAAGGAAAAUCGAAAAUAUUUGCAAUCUAUACAGAAGGUGACUAUAUCGGCUUGUGAUUCCUCCGAAAAGUCUUACGGUAACGAAUGUAUUUGCUCGACGUUGAAAGAAGAGAUAUGGAAGUUGCGAAUGGAAAUUAUAUUGAAGAAUAAAAAGAUUCAGGCGUUGGAGCUACAAAUACAUAGCAGGAAUGCCCUUCAUAAAAUUUGUAAAAGGCGAUUACAACAAUUAUCGAGGGCACAUAGCUAUAAAAUUAGCAAGCUAAAAGCGGAAAUUGAGCAAAUACAGAUGGCUGUGUUGUGUACAAAGGCGGAAGAAUGUGAGGACGAGAUGAUUCAUGAAAUUGAAGAAGGAGAAUCAGAUCUUGAGGAAUGCAAUUCGAUUUCACCUAAAAAGGAAAUCAAGGAAGAGAUACAGGAAAUUAGAAAUAAGUUGCUACUUUCCUUAAAUUUAUGAUCUACGGGAACAUGCUAUAUAAUGAUUGAAUUAUUAUCGGUUUUAAUGAUAACAGUUUUACAUAUUCUUAAAUAAUAGUUUUAUAUUUUUGUAACACAGAAUACU